GAAGGUUGCAGAGAAAAGAGGUCACUUAUGGUCAGAGGAGCAGCCUGCUUACCCAUUCCAGGUGGCGGCUGGGUACAUGAGUGAGGAGGUGCCCUCCCGUGACCCAGUGGGCCAGGACCUGUCUGCAGAAGAGGCCGAGGCAGUGCUGGGGCUGGACGCUGAUGGUGAACACAUGGUAAUGUUGUCUGUGAUUCCUGGGGAAGCUGAGGACAAACUGAGCCCAGAGCCCAGCGGCGGCACCUGCAGGGCUGGAGGGGAGGAGGACUCGAGGUGCAACCCCCGGGAGAGCCUCUUCUCUCUGGACAGCGCUGGAGCCAGCUUCCCGGAGCGAGAAGAGGAGUACUACGCAGAGCCCGAAGUGGUGGAAUCUGACCCCCCGCCGACAGAGGACGCCAACACCACUGAAAGUCUGAAAUCCCCGAAGGUGAACUGCGAGGAGAGAAAUGUGACGGGAUUAGAAAAUUUCACUCUGAAAAUUUUAAAUAUGUCACAGGACCUUAUGGAUUUUCUCAACCCAAACGGUAGCGACUGCACUCUAGUCCUGUUUUACACCCCUUGGUGCCGAUUUUCUGCCAGUUUGGCCCCUCAUUUUAACUCUCUGCCCCGGGCGUUUCCAGCUCUUCACUUUUUGGCACUGGAUGCAUCUCAGCACAGCAGCCUUUCUACGAGGUUUGGCACUGUAGCCGUUCCUAACAUCUUGUUAUUUCAAGGGGCUAAACCAAUGGCUAGAUUUAAUCAUACAGACCGAACAUUGGAAACGCUGAAAAUCUUCAUUUUUAACCAGACAGGUAUAGAAGCCAAGAAAAAUGUGGUGGUAACUCAAGCUGACCAAAUAGGUCCUCUUCCCAGCACUUUGAUAAAAAAUGUAGACUGGUUGCUUGUAUUUUCCUUAUUCUUUUUAAUUAGUUUUAUUAUGUAUGCUACCGUUCGAACUGAGAGUAUUCGAUGGCUAAUUCCAGGACAAGAGCAGGAACAUGCAGAGUAGUGAUAGACUCAAAGGAGAGUUGGAAAGAAGAAUUUCAAUCCUUCAUUUCAGAAAUUAACGCUGCAAUUUCAUACAUUUUCUCCAGUGAAGCGCUGACUUACAACUUCAGUCAGAUUGAAAGAAUCAUGUGUUUGUUGAACUGUUGAAUGUGUAAAAAAAUUAUAAACUGGUGUUUCUACUAGUAUUGUAAUAAGCAAAUGCAAAAAUAUUCCAUAACAUUCAGUAAAAAUUCUUGUUUUUACAACUUGAACAUUACCCAGUACUUAAGGGAGUCAUCCAGUUUGACAUGUGAAGAUGUAUUCUAGUGGAAUAGUGAGUAGAAUGACAGUAUGCUUACUAUAUAGAGGCAGAAAUAGGACUUUCAGAUUAUAGUUUUAGAAAACUCUUGGUUUCUUGUAUAUGUCUAAGAAAGUUGGUUUUCUGUUCAUUUGCCAUUUCUCUCCCAGAGUC